CGCAAUCAGUCAGUCACCUUUCUUUAUUUCUCUAUGAGUCAGUCGGCUCCCCGCUCGCUGGGGAGUAGGUUGAAACUUGUUAUUCUCUGCUAAAGCGACGUAUUGGUGAGCAAUGCAGGCAGCAUCAUCUAAUUUACGAAAAGGCCUGGGCCGUGGAAGAGGCAGAGGUGGUGCUGCUAACCAGGCCAACAAACAGCCUCAACCUGCCCAGAACAGGCCCCAACCACUGGGAGAAACUACGGGUGUGCCAUGCACGCCACCCCAACCAAAAUAUGCUACACCAGAUACACCACCGCCCACACCACCUGAUGGAGCAAUGCAGCAUAAGACAAGCCUUAAACCUUCAAGUCUUGCAUCCAUGGCCAGAUGCAGUGGGGAUGGAUCACCAGAGAGUGUUGCCCUAGGACUAGCUGGUUUGAGUCUUGAACAUUGUACUGUCAAUUCGCAGUUCCCCCGUCGUCCUGAUUAUGGGAAGAAUGGAAGGACCAUCCCGGUAGUGGCAAAUCACUUUGAAGUGUCUCUGCCUACCGGAAACAUUUUCCACUACGACGUUGACAUAAGUGUUCGUAAACAGUGUGGUAUGCAGUCCGUUUUGUCAAAGGAUUGCAAGCGUCGUGUAUUUAUCCUUCUCGUGGAGCAACACGCAAAGCAUUUAACUGGUAAUUUGCCUGUGUUUGAUGGGCAGAAAAACAUGUACACAAAAAAUUCACUUGGUUUUCAGAAGCAGUCAUUCACUGUCAUUAUGGAAGAUAACUCAAAGCGAGAUGAGUUUGUGGUACAGAUCCAGUUUGCUGCACAACUAGACCUCAGUCUUAUGAGGCAGCUGUACAACAGUAGAUCAAAGACACCAGAAGUGCCAAAGGCUGUCGUACAGGCUUUAGAAAUUAUCCUCCGUUACGGUCCAUCCACACGUCUUUCAGUUGUUGGAAGAUCACUCUACAGGCCACCUCGAGACAAUGCCUCUCUCGGUGGUGGUCUUGAGCUGUGGCAUGGCUUCCAGACUAGCCUCAAGCCUGGCCAAUGGAAACCGUUUGUGAAUGUGAACACAAUGGUUACAGCCUUUUUUGAGCCUGGCCCACUGGUGGCCCUUAUGGGUAAGAUUCUGGGUGAUCGGAGAGGUGACCUAAAUAUGGACCAAGUUACAAGACUGGAUAAUGUCCAGAUUAUGAAGUUGAACAAGAAGCUGAAAAAGUUAAAGGUGCAAGCGACCCACUUGCCUUAUCCCCGCAAAUACGUCAUUGAAAAGGUGACUGCUGGCUCGGCAAAUGAUCUCACUUUUGGCACUCCUCCCCAGAGUGUAGCUGCCUACUUUAAGAGUAUGUACCGGGAGCUGCGCUACCCAAACCUUCCGUGCAUUGAGGUUGGUUCCAAGAGAAACUACAUUCCCGUGGAAGUUUGCCAGGUCAUCGCUGGUCAACACUGCAGACGCAAGCUGGAUGAGAACCAAACCAGUGCUGUCGUCAGAAAAGCAGCUGUGCCUCCACACGAGAGGUUUCGAAACAUUCAAGAGGAUGUCAGAGGCUGCAUUGCUGCAAACAAGCAGUACUUGGACCACUUUGGCAUUCGCAUGAGCGACAAGCCCUUGCAACUGACGGCCAGGGUGCUGCCUGCACAUGAUGUAGUCUACGGAGACGAUAAACUGGCUCAUCCCACCGAUGGUGCAUGGGAGCUCCAAGGCAAGCAGUUCUUUCAACCGGUAAACAUGACUGUGUGGACUAUCGUGAACACUUGCAAUCCACGCUUCUGUCCCGAGGCUGCAAUACAAAACUUUGUGUCCAUGCUGAUGCAGCAUGGCAAGCAGCUAGGCAUGAAUAUCGCACCACCAGCAAAGCUGACUAACUGCAGGCCCAGUGACGAUCCCAAACGGGUGCUUUGCGAGCAGAAGAGGCAAUUCAAAGAUAUUCAGAUCGUUUUCUUUGUGCUUGCUGGAAGUGGCAGAAACUCUCCACUUUACUGUCCUCUGAAAAAUGUUGCUGAAACUGAUCUUGGCAUGGUAACUCAAUGCGUGACAGACCAAAGCAUCGUGAAAAAAUGCAAUCGUGCAACCAUCGUCAACAUCCUUCAGAAGGUGAAUGCAAAACUUGGAGGAAUCAACAACGCCAUUCCAAAAGAAGUGAAGACCAUUAUUUUCAACCGACCAGUUAUUGUAAUGGGGGCCGACGUAACCCACCCAGCACCCACAGAAAUGAACAAACCUUCCAUCGCAGCUGUUGUUGCCAGUAUGGAUCGUUUCGCAUUUCGCUACAUCGCCACUUUUCGCAUACAGAAGCAGAACACAGUGGCAAAGGCACGCAUUGAAAUCAUUAAAGAUAUGAAGAAUAUUGCAAAGAGCCUUCUGCUCAGCUUCUACCAAGUUAACGGUGUCAAGCCAGAGAAAAUUAUCUUCUAUAGAGAUGGCGUGAGCGAGGGACAGUUCAGCCAUGUGCAACAGUUUGAACUUGCCGCCCUGCGAGACGCGUGCAGGGAGCUGGAGCUUGGCUAUGAGCCUGGCAUCACUUUUCUCACUGUGCAGAAAAGGCACCAUACUCGCUUCAUGCCACGGAACAGGAGUGAUGGUUGUGGCAAGUGUGGCAAUGUGCCUCCAGGCACUGUCAUCGACACUGAAGUCACCCACCCUGUCGACUUCGACUUUUUUUUGUGUUCGCACUUCGGUAUCCAGGGCACCAGCCGCCCUGCCCACUACUACGUGCUGUGGGAUGACAACAAUUUCAAAGCGGAUACGCUUCAGCAGCUCACAUACGGGCUCUGUCACACAUACGCCCGUUGCUCCCGGUCUGUAUCCAUUCCCACACCAGUCUACUAUGCCCACCAUGCAACAAAGCGGGCCAAGUGCUAUGUGGAUGCUCGCACUGAUGGCUCAGAUUCUGGCAGCAGCUCUGGUGGUUCCAUGCUACCAACAUCAGUCCUUGAUGAAGCUGUCAAGAUAUCGACGUUGAUGGAGAAGAAAAUGUUUUUCAUAUGAGCCCAGUCGUGUCACAAUGUGGCCACGGGGUUGUUGGCAUGGCGGCAUCUUUAUCAAUGUUUGUGCAUCACCUUUUUUUGAUAAUUAAAGCGAGUAUUAACGAAUGUUAAAGUUCCUGUAUAUUCGUAUUGCAGCCGAAGACUGCUUUAGGCCAGCCAUUCCCUUCUGCUGUAUCGUGGUUCUCUUGUUCAGUGAAUUUCCACUUUAGGUUUUGGCCACAAUGGAACGUUGCUACUGCUGAUUGCUGUAAUGUCGUCGUGAUCUAAGUGUAUUGUUCAUAUUUCACUGAACACCUUUGUCAUGGUGUGGUGUGCAGCCGGGCUUCAAUUGCUGUGCAUUGUAAAGGUGCUUGGAGCAACUGUUUCUAUUAUCUGUAUUUAUCGGGCGCAGCGAGAAUAUUUUAACCGUAUGAAAUUUCGUAGAUCUAUUUUAAAGCAUAUAGAUAUUGAAUUCGGAGCUCAUAGAUUUGAAUAGUGGUGCAGGAACUAAUUUUUCACAACCUAUUUUGCAGUAGAACAUCGUUCCCCCUUUUCCCACCCUUCUGCUGUUUACACUACUAUUUUUUAUGACUGCUAUAAGCAUGUUAUGUACCUGCACUAAUUGCAAUAAAGUUUGAUAACCUAACCAA